AGAAUUCAAGAGGAAGCCCGCUGCCUUGUGGAAGAGUUGAAAAAAAAUAAUGGCUCACCCUGUGAUCCCACCUUCAACCUGAGCUCUGCUGUCUGCAAUGUUAUCAACACCAUUAUUUUUCAUAAUCGUUAUGACUAUAAUGAUCCAUGUUUUCUCGACUUGUUGCAAAGGCUAAAUGAAAUUUUCAGGAUUCUAAGCUCCCAGUGGAUUCAGAUCUACAAUACUUUCCCGGCUCUCAUCGAUUGUCUUCCAGGGAGUCAUAACAUUCUUUUUAAAAAUGUAAAAUGUAUGCAAAAUUAUCUUUUGGAGAAAGUAAAAGAACAUGAAGAAUCACUUGAUGUUAACAAUCCUCGAGACUUCAUUGAUUAUUUCCUGAUAAAAAUGGAGACGGAAAAGGAUAAUCAAGAGUUGGUGUUUACUUAUGAAAACUUGGUCAUCACUGCAUUUGAUUUGUGGAUUGCUAGUUCAGAGACAACAAGCAUAACACUGAAAUAUGCUCUCCUGCUCCUGCUGAAGUACCCACAAGUCACAGCUAAACUCCAGGAAGAAAUCCAGCGUGUGAUUGGCAAACACAACAGUCCCUGCAUGCAGGACAGGAGCCACAUGCCCUACACAAACGCUGUGUUACAUGAGAUCCAGAGAUACGUUAAUCUCAGUACCAUUGGUAUACCCCAUUCAGUGACCUGUGAUGUUAAAUUCAGAAACUACCUCAUUCCCAAGGGCACAGCCAUAUGGACAUCACUGACAUCAGUGCUCUAUGACAACAAAGAAUUCCCUCACCCAGAGAUGUUUGACCCUCACCAUUUUCUGGAUGAGCAUGGCAAAUUUAAGAAAAGUGACUACUUCAUACCUUUCUCAUCAGGAAAACGAAAGUGUAUGGGAGAGGCCCUGGCCAACAUGGAGCUGUUCUUAUUCCUGACUACUAUUUUACAGCACUUUCACCUGAAAUCUCUGUUUAGCCCAAAAGACCUUGAUGUCACCCCAGUUGCCAAUGGAAUUCAAUAUCUGCCACCCUCAUACCAACUCUGCUUCGUUCCUAUCUGA